CCAAUUCCUAAGUACAGUAGAGUUAGGAUUAUGCGGACCUACGAAAGAGGUUCUUUUCCAUCAAUCCGCAACACAUUCACAACAAUGGUGCAUGGCACCUGAGCCGAAUGCACGGAACAGCAUCGCAACAGUACAUCCGCUCAUCCAUAAGCACAAGCGCAACAUAGCGUACUCGAGGACUGGUUAGUGGAGAGCCUCUGACGACAAUUUACGGGGCUAGCUAGCUACUAGACGAACUCGUGAUUUUUCGAAUUUCGGGAACAAUUCAGUCGUUGGAGCAUCCAGCGACGUCUCGUCCAACCAGAAGGAGGACUUGUAUUAUUGUAUUGACUGAGGGCAAUGAGUGUCAAUGAUAAACCUGACGUAGGGGAGAGAAAGGAGGAGGUAGAAAAAGCGGACGAUUUGCUGAGGUUUCAGGAAGAGUUGGGUUCUCUGUGGACUGUUAUAGACGAGGAGGUCGUAUUUGUCAAGGAGGUUGGCGUGGGAGUCAUUAGCAGGGCGAGUUCUACUGGAGACGACGCUCGCAGCAAUACGUCGACAACGUCCGUGAUGGGUUCGUGGUGUCUGACGGAGUUGGAGGAAGAGGAAACGAAAGAUGAUGCGACGACGGAACAAGCCAAUCACUCAUCAGACGUGAAUUCGAAUGGAGCGGAUACUACUACCGGUACAACGAUCGAUGGCAAGCCAGGACGCACCAUCAAGCACGUGGAGGACCAAAGUGGCCGCGUGGAAGGAAGCAACAAUGAGGUUUUUGAGGAAGUGCUUGUCGAAGAUGACGAGGAGAUAAUUGAGGAUGAUGCAGUUGAGGAAGUUGUCAUCGAAGAACAGGAUGAAGAGGAACUUGUGGAGGAGGAGGUUGAGGCAGAAGAGUCGGAAUAUGCCGAUCAAGUGGUGGAGAGAUGGAAUGAGGUCAUUGAGGAACAACCGGAGGACUUGGAGGCGGCUGUUUCUGGCCUCAUAGCAGUCGUUUACAAGGACAAAGACGUAGACAUUGAGAAUAUGCUCAGGAGGACGCGACUCCCUGACCUUUACAAGUAUUUGAAGAGCCAAUAUUGGUACAAGAUUCAUACCAACCAAGAGGAGGAGGCGUCACUGGCUGCUAAGCUUAAAUAUGAGAAACCCUCAGAGUUAGUCAGUGUUGAUGACAUGCUCAAAGGCAGAAUGGAAAGCCUCAUUGCGAAUGUCCAGCGGAUGGACCCAUCUGAACGGCGGUCAUCAGUUGUUAUCCCGGUCGACAAGAAUGCCAACGAAAGCGUGCGAAGAGAGAGCCGUAUGCAAAACUUAAUCGACACCAUCCAGAUUAGUUCUCGAAACUUGGUCGCAAAGGAAAAGAAGGUGGCAGGCAACAGCAACAAUAUGCUUGGCUCGAACCGUGAAGCAGAAAAAGAUGUCAAUAUCGUCCACAAGCUGUUGUCGGAAGCAAGGGACGUCAAGGGAAGUCAUCAUGUGGCAAAGUACUACGAAAAAGCAGUCAACAACAGGGCACAGCGGUACCUACCAAAGUCGCAGCCUGAUGGACAGGGAAGAAGUUCCCCGACACCAGAGUCUGAAAACCCCGUUAACGGAAGUUCCAAUGAUGGCUGUGACGAGGGGGCACAGGCGAAGCAAAUUGAAGAUUAUGUACACGUUCAACCAGAUGAAACUUCCGGGGAACCUGAUCCUUUAGUUGCAUCAGCGACAGAACCCAACAAUUUGGCAGAAGGAACCAAUACCCAAGGUGAAGCCGCCCUUGCCGUACCUGAUUCAGAUGAAUCCAAAAAGGUGGUAGAUGUGAUUGGUGAUCAUGCUGCCGUUGCCGGCAACGACGCGGAAGUGAUCCGUGAAAAGGAGAAACACGAUACUGUUGAAGGACGGCAAAACAAUGAUGUUGUCGAGGAUGCUACUGGUACAACGAGCGAUAGCAAGCCACGACGAAUCAUCGAGCACGUAGAUGCAGCCUUACACCCUCUACUUGUCAGGCCUGCUGUGUCACCUCCUUCGAGGUACGCAUCUCCGUCCGCUCAAUCUUCCAAGAGUUACUCCCCACCGCCACUGCUGCCCCCCGUUCUGGAGCAGCAGCUCGCAGCUGUAACCAGCGCCAAGAGAGGUCUCCAAGGCAAGGCCAAGGCACCCACAAGUCAGCCGCGUGAUCAAAUUAUAUCCAGUGGGUCAUCACCAACAACAGUCCAGAAUCAACAAAACCAUCUCACAGAGGAACCCUUGGAAAAGGACAGAACCCAUCAGCCAGUGGACGACCCGCCACCCGCGUCGCCGCCAGGCCAUGCUGCGUUGCCAGGCAACAGAACGCAUACAUCUGGAACAGAAACUGAAAGCACAGCUGGACAACAACAAAGCCAGGGUAUGGAAGAAGCUGUGAAAAGGAGAACCCAACCAACCCAGAUCGACAACAACGUUGUGGCGACUCCUCCGGUACCAUCGAGUCCAAUUCCUGUGUCGGAUAAAGCAGCAGGGGACAAGAAACCUCAUCAUCAAAAUUACAAUCCAUCACCAGCGAGUCGUUCGUGGCUCGAAUUGGAACAAAAUGGCACCCACGAUGGGUCGAGUCCUGCGGUCCGAACGAAGUCAAGGCCAGACAAUGCGGACACGGCGUCGCUAGUAAAAUUACAUGCCGAAUCCAGAGAACCGAGGGCAAACAACAACAACUCGUUGCCAGUUGACAAUGCCACGAUUGCCUCUGCGGCUGGAGAAGAUACGGUGGCAUCGUCCCAAAACUUUACUGCAUCCUCGUCAUUGAAUUACACGAUGACAACUAGUUCCGCCGCCGCGUCGUCCUCAGAACAAGAGAAGAACCUUGGGCUUAACGGGUUGUAUGUCGGAAACCACCCUCCUCACGAGAUGGUUCACACGCAGUCCAUGUCCGGAUCUAAUCAUGGAAUUCCAAAGUCAAUGGAGUUGACGCGUCAAGGCGGUGCUCACAAUUUGAACAAUUCGACAGUUGGGGGCACUGGGUUGGCCAGACAAGAGGGGUUGCAUCAUUUGAAGGCUCCCCCGUUGCCGACGCAAGAUAUCCCUCCUUGUGCGACACUGCCAGGAGGUGACUCGGUGGGUAGUAGCGCUGCUGAACCUCCAUUGAUCAGCAAUAGUAAGCUCAGAUCUCUUUAUGGAAAAUCCGCACCUGCUGUUGUGAAACAACCACGCGGCCAUCCAGUUAUCCGCCCCGGAGGCAGAGGAUUACGCCGGGAUCCUGUCAAGCAAGCAAACGCCGGCAUGAGCCACAGUCACCACCACGCUACUAGAGCGGGCGAUAUCCAGCCGAUGAGAAAUAUGGGGGCAGCUACUCAUCAUGUCAGGAGCGCGACUACGAGGGGUCACUGGAGGGGACCGCCAAUAAGCGUUGAAACAAGAAUGUAUGCAGAAAAAGCCAAUCACUAUCAAAAAAGCCAGAGGCUCAGAGAGAUGGAACGGAAUUUGCAAAAGGAGCUGGUGAAAAUCAAGCUUGAAAAGGAACGACACCAAAAGCAACAGCAAUUGGCACAGUUAAAGAGGCAGCUACCAGAAGGAAAACCCAAGACUGCAGAGAGCGACGACGAUGACCUUGACUUCUCGCACAUGGGUUCCGAGUUGGGAGACGACAGCAUCGUGCACUCAUCGAGUUUUAGGCUCAUGUCGAAGGUCCUCACAAAUCAACGAAGGCCCUCCGAUUCCAGUCUGGACCCUUCAGUCGGGAAGGGCGCUUCCGGAGGGGCGAGACGACGGAGCAGCAUAAUGGGGAAACCUGUGGGCGCAGAUCCCGCCUUCCGACCAUCAGUUUCUGAGCCCAGAGCUUCGAUUCCUCCAAAAAGCGGUCAUGGUGGACCAACGACGGCAGCUCGGGGGAGACUGGGUGCAGUUCGAAGGGGUUUGCACAAUGCCCGAUCGCAACAUAUCAUGAAAGCUACCGCUACUAUCCAGCAACAAUCUCAGCGGUCAGGCCUGUCUUCCAUCACAAUGGGUUCUGACGCUAUUAAGGAAGCUGUCGACAAGGUAACUGAACGGCCUGGCUUGGUGCGCCCCCGUAUGGUGAUGCUUGAGAAACAGCUCUCCACAACGAGCAGCAUUGGGUACGAUUCGGUUUCCAACCGGGCAUUGGAUGUUUCGGCUCAUUUAGCAGCGGAAUCUGAGGCUGGAAACAUAAAUCCCAGCAGCCCCGAAGACGCUUCCCACUUGCAGUCUCCUGCUGAUUGUGCGAGCGUGAGCUCAGCAAACAAGUCGAGGACUGCCCUGGACGCAACAAGCGCAGUUUCUCCUCCAACACGUGAAGAUAUGGAAAAGAAGCGUCAGAUGCGUGCUUCCGUGAUGGUACCUCCUGGAACACGAAGGCCGAGUCGGCGAUCGAUAUCGGUAACCGCAGAUGCCACGUCGGUGGCCUCGUCUCGCAUCUCCGUAGCAGGGCCGAUACCACGUCGAACCUCUCGAACCUCGAACACAAGUGCUGGUUUAAGGCGACGUUCAACCGUCGGGUCAGUUGGUGGUUCGAUUAGUGGUUCGAUUGGUGGUGACUUGCAGGUACAAGGAAGAAGCAACCCCUUGGAUCCAACAAUCCCGGUGCCGAAAGGCGUGAAAGAGUAUUACAAGAAGAAGCUGAGACAAGAACUUGAAAAGAAAAGUGGCCAAGGAUGGGAUAACAUUCUGCAGGUUCAGAACGAUAUUGUCAUGGAAUUAGCCUGCGAGAUGUCCAAGUUGGACAACGAAAAACAAGUGCAAGCGCAACAGCAGUUCCCUUUGCAAGUUCAGAAAAACCUCUCUGGGGCGCCUGACUCGGCUGGCCAUGAUGACGAUGCCAACAAACCAAAACAACCGCAAAUACCACAGCAACUUUUGGAACGUCUGGUACCGGCGGGUCCACAUCCCGAUCAGCGGCAAAGUUGGGUCGGUAGUACUAGUACGACACAAGUAGAAGUCAACAGCAUUUCCGAGACCGCCUCAAUUGACGCGGCGUUAAGGCUUGCGUUGGCGGAGUCCAGGCAACAACAAACGAGCCAGCCAUCGCCUUCAUCAGAGGCGGAGUCAAUGGAUGCUGCACUGCGGCUUGCGAUAGAUGUGUCUAGUCAAGAUUCUCCACUUGCGAUUACGCGCGAAGACGACCAGAUGGAUCAAGCCUUGCUUGUGGCUAUCGAAGAAUCCAACAGAGCAAGAGCCCCCCAGCCCUCACCGCAGUCAACACCUCAUGAGAAGGAUCGAGCGUUGGAAAUAGCGUUGCAAAUGUCGCUUCAGGAGGCACGUGAGAAUGAUAGGAUCCGAAAUGCUGGUCAAGCGUAUCAAGAGUUGGUGGAUUCACCCGCUGCAAUUGAGCCUCAAACGCCGGCGCAACACACCGCCACAUCACCUGCCUUGCUCGUGGCUAUUGAGGAAUCCAACAGGGUAAGAGGCCCCCAGCCCUCAUCACAGUCAACAUCACAUGAGAAGGAUCGAGCGUUGGAAAUAGCAUUGCAAAUGUCGCUUCAGGAAGCAAGUGAGAAUGAUAGAAUCCGAAGCACUGGUCAGACUUAUCAAGAGUUGGCGGAUUCACCAGCUGCAACUGAGCCUCAAACACUGGAGCCACAGGCUGCCUCGUCAGCUGCCUAUAGAGCAAGUGGCCCACAACCCUCAUCACAUGAGAAGGAUCGGGCUUUGGAAAUAGCAUUGCAAAUGUCGCUGCAGGAGGCACGUGAGAAUGAUAGGAUCCGAAACGCUGGUCAAACUUAUCAAGAGCUGGCGGAUUCAGCCUCGUCAGCUGCAUAUGUUGUCCCUCCUGAUGACGUUGAGAUAGCAGACGCAAGUACAAUGGAGGCGGCGAUGAAGCUUUCCAAGGAGACUUUUGAUUUUGAGGUGUCCAAGAGAGCUGGGGCCACUCAGGUUGAAGCGGUUCGAAACCCCGCUGUCGCCUCAAGCAGGCAAAAUAGACAGAGGACGAGCACCGCCGAUUCUGCAUUGGAUUACAGCGUGAGUACAGGUGCGCAGAACGAUUCGUUUGCUCGGAAUCCAUCUUUGGGGAUUCCAUCGGAACUCCUUGAAGAUGGUCCAUCUUCGGUCGAAGCAUCAGGGAGAGACGAGGCCUUGUCUCUUGCCGUGGCGUUGUCAAAGAUGAACAACCGAUCGGCUGAUGCCGCGGCCAAUAGUCUAUCUCAUGAUGAAUCUCUAGCGUAUGCCCUGGAGAUGUCUAGGAGGGCGCCGGGUGCUCAUGGCUGCAUGGAGACUCCACCGGAUCGUCCGGGGCAACAUUCGCAACACCCUCGGUCGGCGGACUCCCAGCAGCAGCAUCCUUUCAACUUCCAACAAGCUUAUCAAGAACAACGAACACCACAGUACCCCCCUGCUUUUCCUCCAAGCUAUCUGCAGCCCUUCCAGCCUCCAUAUCCCUUUCAGCCUCAACCUUACUUGCAACAUCCACAAUACCCUCCUCCCAUGUAUGCACCUCCUCCCAUGUUCCAGCCACUUCCUUACCAGGUUCCCCCUUAUCAGCCGUACCAGCCACAACCAUACCCGCCUCCAGGCUAUCAACCACCAAUGUAUCCGCAGUAUUAUCAACAGCCACAGCAACAACCCUACUUUCCUCCAAACCAGCUGCCCUUCCGUCAGAAUCCCAGCGUAGGAACCAACCCAUUGUCGGGCUCGUUUGCACAGACUUUGAGUGCGUCUUCGUUCGACACUGGCGCUGCUUCUUCCAAUUACCCACCUCGUUCUGCUGGCGAAGACAAUGAUGCAGCAUUGAAGUUGGCGCUUGCACUAUCGGCAGAGGACGCUCGGAACUCUAACAAUAGGAGGCGCGAGCCUCGGGGUACCGGUGGUCCGGUCUCCUCAAUGGCCGCAGAUGACAAGUCAUUGGCGUUGGCUCUCGAGCUGUCUCGAAGGGAAGCAUUUCAAUGA